CGUGAUAACGGUUUUCUUGGUGUUUGGACACUCUGCAGCUGCAAUCAGUCUUUCUUCAACCCUCUUCACUUCAGAGUUUGUAGUUGUGUUCAAAUCAGCACCUGUCCCAACUGCUCGCCAGAGAUAUCAUGUUGGCGUAUAUGCUGGCUCUUGUGCUGGUGUUCGCGCGCACUGCGUGUGGUGUACCCACGGUGAGGAGUGACACCACCGACAACGCCGGCGACAUACCGGGCCAGCCACCCGCCGGGACCCGCGGGGACCUCUUCCCGUACCCGGGGCAGAACAUCGUCCUGAACUGCGGCGCCGACAGACCGUCCCAGGACGAGUGGCAGCAGCUGAAUGACAAACUAGAUCAGCUCACCAACGCGGUCAACAGCUGCCGUGCAUCUGACGGGGAGGACCCAGAAGCCCCGCACCCACGGGACUGUCAGGACAUCCUUGACAACGACGAGACCACGCCCAGCGGCGUGUACACGGUGUACCCACGGGACGGACUGGGUGGCGUCAUGGUCUACUGUGACAACGACAUAGACGGGGGCGGCUGGACGGUGUUCCAGAAGCGCCAGGACGGCAGUGUGGACUUCUACCGGGGCUGGCGGGACUACCAGGCCGGCUUCCCGUCCAACCUGAACGGCGAGUUCUGGUUAGGGUUGGACAAGCUGUACCGCCUGGCCGUGCAGAAAACCUACCAGCUCAGGGUGGACAUGUGGGACGCGGAGGGGAACGCUAGGUAUGCGGCCUACAACACGUUUGCCAUCUCACCUGAGUCCCAGAACUACAAGCUUCACAUCGGAACCUACAGCGGGAACGCGAGGGACUCCCUGGCUUACCACAACGGACACCCGUUCAGCACCAAGGACAGGGACAACGACGCAAGUACAUUAAGCUGUGCCCAGACCUAUAAAGGCGCGUGGUGGUACACCGCUUGUCACCACUCCAACCUGAACGGCCUGUACCAUCUGGGUCCCCAUGCCAGCUACGCCGACGGUGUCAACUGGAAUGGGUGGAAGGGGUAUAAAUACUCCCUGAAACGCACUGAGAUGAAGUUUAAGCCCAUAGCUUGAAUGUCAGAUAACAUGCACAUAUUCAAAGGAGUACAGUAUCUUACUACGUGUGUUCUCUAGAACUCUUAGAAUAUAACGCCCGUUCAACACAGAUACCAUUGCUUUCAAUUGAAUAAAAAUCAUAGCUAAUUGUGGAUAAACAUUAUAGUCAAGUAAAUUUUAUGGCACAACAAUUGUAUCGGGUACAAUAGAUGGAAAAUAACAUGUAUCGUUAACAGCAACAAACUAUCUACACCAGUUUACUAAUCUAACAUCAAUACUCAAUGCAAAAUGUGUAGCAUAAUGCUUUUUAUAUGGUUGUGGCACGAUUUCUCUUUUAAGUAGCAUUAUCACGUUACAUACAUAAAUGCAAUGCUGUUGGACACAUUUUGUAGUAAAACAUCCAAAGGAGAGCUAAAUAAUGUGUAAAUCAUGAAGAUUAAAACAUUCGUCGAAAUUUACAGUUGAUAUUCCCCCCAAAUCACCUCACAAUCACACAAAAAAUGUAGUGUAUUUUGCUCUUUGUGUUUCAUUGCUGUGUGAAAAUACCUUAACCACGUAAUGCCAUAGAUAUCGAUAUCAUAGAUGUAAAAGAGUAGAUCUUCUGGAGUGGAAUAUUGCAAGCAGUUUUUUAAGC